CCGCCACGCCAGCCAGCAGCCUGAAGCACUGAAGCAGCCAAGCGUCAUCAUCUCUGCAUCAGCCGCGCGCGAAGUGGCGAGCAGCUGAAAAUGGCGGGGGCGGCCUUCCUCUCCACCGCGCUGCUCGGCGCCCGCGGCGUCGCUGCCUCCUCGUCCUCUUCCGUCUCGUCUCCGGCACGGAGGCACGCGCACAUUCAAGUCUGCUGCAAGGGCAAUGUUGAGGGCCUCGAGGCUGCUGGUCAUGACGAGCGUCUGCGAUUCCGUAGGAGGGAUUUCAUCGGCAGCUGCGUCGGGACCGCCAUUGGUCUGGAAAUGAUUGAGGGCUCUUCCAAAUUCACGGGAGAGGCAACUGCAGCUGAUCUCAUUGAGCGUAGACAACGCUCUGAGUUCCAAUCAAGCAUCAAGGAUACCCUCUAUACAGCCAUAAAGGCUAAGCCAGAGCUCGUUCCAUCUUUGUUGACCUUGGCACUGAAUGAUGCCAUCACAUAUGACAAGGCCACAAAAACUGGAGGUGCAAAUGGAUCUAUCAGGCUAGAAAUAAGCAGACCUGAAAACAGUGGGCUCUCUGCUGCCUUGGAUCUGCUGACUGAAGCCAAAAAGGAGAUAGAUUCCAAUUCCAAGGGAGGUCCAAUUUCAUUUGCAGACCUGAUCCAGUUUGCAGCACAAUCAGCACUGAAGAGAUCAUUUCUUGAUGCGGCCAUUGCCAAAUGUGGUGGAAAUGAAGAUAAGGGAAGAACCCUAUACUCUGCAUAUGGUUCAAACGGGCAGUGGGGCCUGUUCGACAGAACAUUUGGGAGAACAGAUGCACAAGAUGCUGACCCAGAGGGAAGGGUACCUGAUUGGAGCAAAGCUUCUGUGCAGGAGAUGAAGGAUAGGUUCGUUGCUGUUGGGUUGGGUCCUCGCCAGCUUGCUGUGAUGUCAGCCUUCCUCGGACCUGACCAAGCCGCUACCGAGGAACGACUGAUUGCUGAUCCAGAUUGCCGCCCAUGGGUCGAGAAGUACCAAAGGAGUCGUGAAACAGUAUCCCGGACAGACUAUGAAGUUGACCUGAUAACCGCACUCACAAAGCUGGGCUCCCUAGGCCAGAAGAUAAAUUAUGAAGCCUACACGUACCCUAAGCAAAAGAUUGACCUGGGCAAAUUGAAACUGUGAGAGAGAUGCUUGCCGGGUAUCUGCAUUGGCCAGACUCUUCUCAUGAUCUGGUGGUUCCGUCUGCUCAAGAGUGACUCAUUCGGCGGUGGUUCUGGUUCAUGUAUUGGCGGUUCAUCAGCUGUCUGACUUCAUUUUCGGACAUUUCUCCAUUGCAAUUAGGACGGUCCGUCUACUAGAUGGUUAGAUUUCGAAUUUCAUUGUCUGGUUUCGUUUUCCGUGGACUUGAAAGUGCCAGCCAUGAUUGGGAGAAGCGAGGUGUUGUGUAAAUUCUCUUCUUGUGCAGUAUACAUACAUGUGACUCUGAGUAUGUGACGACUGAAGAAUCAAGAACAAUAAAAAUGUAAGAUAUAUCUGAA